AUGACAUCAAAAUACAUUGCCCAUUUUCUGGAACAAGUGUCAACGUGGCAACAGAAAUUGUCUGUUACUGACCAGGUAAUUUUUGUAUUUUGUGUCCUAUCAUUACGCGAAAAAGGACUUUAUCAUCUUUUGAGUCAAAACGGAUUAUUAGAACUCAUAAAUUUAUUUGUUUUCCGAUCCACAAAAUAGGUAAUAUCAAUAUAUAUGCAAGUCCAACGGACAUGGAUGCAUUUAGAAAGUAUUUUUAUUGGAUCAGAAGACAUUAGAAAGCAGCUCCCAGAAGAUACAGACAGAUUUGAGCGUGUUGACAACAAUUUUAAGGUAAAGUAUGUCAAGGAUGAUUUGGUUAUUUUCUGUCCAAAAUAUUUUUUAUUAUGCUUCUGUAAUCUGUUAGAAGUCAUAAAAAAAUAUCAAAGUCAAUGUAGAAAACUUAAUUACUUUUUUUUUAAAAAUGUUAAACUAACUAUGGUAAAAUAUAUUUUAAUUCCUUUUUAAAACAUGAUAUGAUUCUUCUUAUUAAAAAAACUGCUUCUUUAUUAACUGAUUAUUUUAAUUCAUAAAUUUCUUCAGGAAAUUGCAAGUGAAAUGAGUGUAACAAAAAUCGUUGUAGAUGCCUGCAAUCAGCCCAGACUUUAUGACAGACUGGACAGCAUACAAAAAGAGCUUGUGAAAUGUGAGAAGGCCUUAGCUGAAUACCUUGAAACAAAGCGACUUGCUUUCCCUCGUUUCUAUUUCGUUUCAUCUGCAGAUCUGUUGGACAUUUUGUCAAAUGGAAACAACCCACCUGUUGUAAGAUUCCGCUUUUUGUUUUAAAAUUGGACAUUGAUUUCUUUUUACUAUUUUGUAAUUCAUUGUUUAAAUAUUUCAGAGAAUUAAUGAAUAAUUUUUUUGUUACAUUUUAAUUUCUUGAUUUUGAAAUAUUAAUUUAUAAUUGAGACACUCUUUUUCUUUUCCACUUUCAGUUAGCAGCCUCCUGAAUUAAUUUUGUGUGAGUUUAUCUCCCUCUAUGAAUUUUUGUCUGUAAUUCUAGUUUAUUUCUUUUAUUAUAACUACUCAUAGUGCCAAGCAGUUGCUGUGAACAUUUUAAUGUGUAAUAAUUCCUAAAUUAACCCUACUAGGCCUGAGGCCCUGAACCUAACUGUCCCCUAUACCUGGACCCCUGAGCAUUAAAGAGAAAAAACCAUCAUGGUAUAGAAAAGUAUUAGUUACAUGCAAACAAGUGGUUAGUUUGUGAUGCAUUUUUUCACGUAGUAAGCAAAGUACCGAAAAUUAGGUAGAGCGGUAUAGCGGCAGAUUUAGAAAUUACCAAAAAAGCGGUGCAGUGGUCUGGUAAGGUUAAUCAUCACCAGUUUUAUUAACCAUUUUUACCAAAACACUGCAAUGUUUAAAAAAUCAGCCUAAGUUAUUGGAUAUUAAUGGUCCCAAUUUAGUACAUCUAAAAUUGUGAAGGAGUUAAACCUUCUUUUUGUAAUUUAUGGUUACUUUUCAGUACACAAAUUUUGAAAAGCCUUUCAUACUUUUAAAGUGAUGUACAUUUUCCCCCACUUUUUUGUGUGUGUGUUUAGGUUGCCAAACAGUUGACAAAACUUUUUGAUAGUUUAGCAAACCUUGAGAUUGCUAAAGGCGAUCCUCCUAUGGCUCAUGCAAUGUUCAGUAAAGAAGGUGAACGAAUUAAACUAGAACAUGUGUGUGAUCUAUCUGGCCAGGUGAGAAUUGGAUUUCUGUUGGAUUUUUAAUAUAUAGAUAUAAUUUUGACAAAAUCUUUGCUGAAUUUGUGUGAAGUUACUUAAUUUAUUCACUAGGAUAAGCCAUACAAAAUUUAUGGAGGUUGAAAAUGUGAUAUAUAGGGUAUGCCAUAAAUAAUACUCUCUGAAGUUCAGUUUGAUUUGGUGAAUGUCCUGUUUACAUUAAAGAUUAGUUUGCUGAACUGUGUUUGUAUCAAGUGAGAAUUAAUGCUUUAGUUUCUAACAAAAUUUAAAAAAAAAAAAUUUCUUAAAACAGUCAUUGAUAAUUUAAGAUUCUAGUUUAUUUUGAGUUUUAAAAUAAUUGCAUUAGUAGCAAAGUAAUUUUCUCGUCAUGUAUUCUUCGGCCAAAGCUUUUUGUUCCACAUUGUCAAGGUUGAAGUCUGGCUAAAUCGUGUUGAGGAUGAUAUGAAAGCUACAAUUCGCAAAGAGAUGAGUGAGGCUGUGGCCUCAUAUGAAGAAAAGCCCAGAGAGAAGUGGAUCUUUGACUAUCCAGCACAGGUAAUG